CACACACACACACACACUCUCUCUCUCUCUCUCUCUCACACACACACACACACUAUCUCUCUCUCUCUCACACACACACACACAAUUGUAUUAGCAUAUUUCUCCCCUUAGAGCCUGCUCAACUUGUUCUUCCUUUUCAAGUAACAGACCCCACUCCCACAGGGAUCACACCAAAGAAAAAUAUGUUAGAACCAGGAAAAUUGAUGUUAGAACCAGGACAAGCAAGGAGAUCCACAAAGGCCUUGAGUACCCUGGCUUUUGAAAGGAAGCAACAUGGUUUAAUGGAAAGAGCACACCUCAGAGAGGCCGGAGACUUAUUCUUUUCCUUGUUCCGACCUCACUGUGAGCCCUGAGACAAGUCUGUUAGCUGCCCUGAGCCUCAGGUUCUCUAAGCAGAAAAUAGGGGAAAUCCUGCUCACUCUUGCUUCACCUGCCUGGGGGCGGUGUGUGUGAGGGAAGUUACUUGUGGCAUCUUGAGCUUUGCAAAAUCCCAAAGGGCAAUUAUGGAGCUAAUGACUCAGAAAUGAAAGGGGCCCGUGGGUACCAGACUGCCUUCCCUCACAUUUGCAUCCCUGACCACCACAAGUUCUAAGGCUAGUUCCAGAGACUCUGAGUUCACUAACCACUGUGGACUUGGGCUCUUCUCAUCAUUGCCCCUAAGGGAACCUUCAAGGAACCACUUAUUCUUGUGGCUUGGUUUAACAGUCUAGUCCUAAAUCUCAGUCCAUCCCAGGGAGGAUGUCAAGAAAAGAGGAGCUGAAAAUAAAUUUAGAGAAUUUUUCUUCCACACCCAGGCUUCCUGGGUAAAGCUAGGAAUCUCUCUAGUGAAACCUAGGGAGAGCUGCUUUUCAAAGUGAAGCAAAGCCUGUGUCUUGGGCUUUCUCAUGAGACUAUUUACAGGAGUAUGUCUCUCAGCACUAAACAAGAAUGACUGGGGAGGAGAGACAGGGUAAUAGAUACUUCCCCUCUGGAGGGGGUGCCCUCCAGAACCCCCUACUCCCACUUUUCUCAAUAUAGUAUUACAAGCAAACCAAAUUUUCAUCUGUUUGCUUCAAUGAAUCCUUCAGAGACCAAGAAUCCUUGUGCAGCUCAGCCUGUUCCCUUGGCCCACCCUGGCUCCCCCAGAUCUGCCCCUGGGGUAUUUGUUUUUCAUUAGAUGAUGGGUGAAAGCAAUUUUGGAUAUAUGUAAAUUUCCACCAAAUAGAUUUUUUUUCUCCUCCCACAGGCCCCUAAGGAGAUAAUUCAUUGCAACAAAUUAUCACUUUUAAUUGUUCUCAGUUCUUGGUUGUUUAAUACUCUACUGCCAAUUACUGUUUGCCUUCCCUCAAAUAGACUAGCCUGCAUUUUAAAUUCAGAGUCCCCCCACCACUCCACUUAAAAAAUAAAUCAUAGCAAGGUAAUUGACAAGAAGGUCGGGGAAGCCACUUAAAGGUUUUAUUUAUUACCCCUUCAGUAGAGGACUCUUCACGGAACCUAAGGUGGGCUGCUCUUCUCCAUCUUCUACUUUCCUGUCCCCUCCCACGCUCCCUCCACCCAAAAAAUAUCCCUUGAAUGACUGAAUCUAGCUUCUUCCUCUUAUUACUACCCCAUCCUUAACAAGGUUUAGAGCCUCUAUGGGGCUGUUUCUUUGCACCCGAGGGCUGGUCUGUAACCUGUCUCCAUUCCUAUUCCAUCCCCCCAUCUACAGGAAGAGGGUCUACUCUCAAAACAACACAACCAGGGACCAGUCUGGAAUAAGACAGUGUUUCUCCCCAAGAGACUGGGGAAGUCUGCAGAAGUUGGGGUUGGAGGAAACCCUGGGGUUUGCAAGUCAGUGUACAUUGUCUUUCUCACCAGGACAAAGUAUGAGGUUUUGAUUCUUUAGGAUAGGGUCAGAGCACACGUAAGUGACCCUGUAGGGUUCUUGCUAACUCCAGAGUGUUAGAGAGAAACCUCCUCGUUCCUCACGUCUGGCUUCUAAUAGCAGCUGUUUUCUCUUCCAGCAGAAUCUCCCUAAGAUGGACAUAGAAGACUUCAAUGGCCGCUCCUAUAUGUCUGGAAUCCACGCUUCCUGGAAGGUGAGUGGCUGGGCUCACCCCUGCCUGCCACCGAGACGCAGACAUGCACACACCGCCCGCGCUCCCUCGCCGUUUCCAAGGCGGCGGCCGCGUUCGCACCCCAGGGUCUCACCGGCAAGGGAAGGAUAAUCUGGAGAGGGAUCCCUCAGGAGGGUGUGUUCCGGAUUUCUUGCCUCAGGCCCAAGACUCCAACCAUUUUAUAAUGGAAUCUUUAUUUUGUGAAAGUAGCGGGGACUCAUCUCUGGAGAAGGAGUUCCUCGGGGCCCCAGUGGGGCCCUCAGUGAGCACCCCCAACAGCCAGCACUCUUCUCCCAGCCGCUCACUCAGUGCCAACUCCAUCAAGGUGGAGAUGUACAGCGAUGAGGAGUCGAGCAGACUGCUGGGGCCGGAUGAGCGGCUCUUGGAAAAGGAUGACAGUGUGAUCGUGGAAGACUCAUUGUCGGAGCCGCUGGGCUACUGUGAUGGAAGCGGGCCAGAGCCUCACUCCCCUGGUGGCAUCCGGCUGCCCAAUGGCAAGCUCAAAUGUGACGUCUGCGGCAUGGUCUGCAUCGGCCCCAACGUGCUCAUGGUGCACAAGCGCAGCCACACGGGGGAAAGGCCCUUCCACUGCAACCAGUGCGGUGCCUCCUUCACCCAGAAGGGCAACCUGCUGCGCCACAUCAAGCUGCACUCCGGGGAGAAGCCCUUCAAGUGUCCCUUCUGCAACUAUGCCUGCCGUCGGCGUGAUGCGCUCACUGGCCACCUCCGCACACACUCAGUCUCCUCUCCCACGGUGGGCAAGCCCUACAAGUGUAACUACUGCGGCCGGAGCUACAAACAGCAGAGCACCCUGGAGGAGCACAAGGAGCGGUGCCACAACUACCUGCAGAGUCUCAGCACUGAAGCCCAAGCGCUGGCCGGCCAAUCAGGUGAUGAGAUACGGGACCUGGAGAUGGUGCCAGACUCCAUGCUGCACUCAUCCUCUGAGAGGCCAACUUUCAUUGAUCGUCUGGCCAACAGCCUCACGAAACGCAAGCGUUCCACCCCUCAGAAGUUCGUAGGCGAAAAGCAGAUGCGAUUCAGCCUCUCGGACCUCCCCUAUGAUGUGAACUCGGGCGGCUAUGAGAAGGAUGUGGAGUUGGUGGCACACCACGGCCUGGAGCCUGGCUUUGGAGGUUCUCUGGCCUUUGUAGGAGCAGAGCAUCUGCGUCCCCUCCGCCUUCCACCUACCAAUUGUAUCUCGGAACUCACGCCUGUCAUCAGCUCUGUCUACACUCAGAUGCAGCCCCUCCCCAGUCGACUGGAGCUUCCAGGGUCCCGAGAAGCAGGUGAGGGACCCGAGGACCUGGCUGAUGGGGGUCCCCUCCUCUACCGGGCCCGAGGCCCCCUGACUGACCCGGGGGCAUCCCCCAGCAAUGGCUGCCAGGACUCCACAGAUACAGAGAGCAACCACGAAGAUCGGGUUGGGGGGGUGGUAUCCCUCCCUCAGGGUCCCCCACCCCAGCCACCGCCCACCAUUGUGGUGGGCCGGCCCAGUCCCGCCUACGCCAAAGAGGACCCCAAGCCACAGGAGGGGUUACUGCGGGGCACCCCAGGCCCCUCCAAGGAAGUGCUUCGGGUGGUGGGUGAGAGCGGGGAGCCAGUGAAGGCCUUCAAAUGUGAGCACUGCCGCAUCCUCUUCCUGGACCAUGUCAUGUUCACCAUCCACAUGGGCUGCCAUGGCUUCAGAGACCCUUUUGAGUGCAACAUCUGUGGUUACCACAGCCAGGACCGGUACGAAUUCUCUUCCCACAUCGUCCGGGGGGAGCACAAGGUGGGCUAGCGACCUACUGCCCCCACCCCACUCAGUCCACCACUCCACUGCCCGAGCUGCAGGAGUCUAGCCCUGUCCCCACCACAUCCCAAACUGUUUGGUUGUGUAGCCGUCACCACUGGCUAUGGGACGUCACACUUGACCCUGACCCCUCCCCACUACGCUCCUCCUCUUCCCUGACUGAUCUAAGCGUUGUGAUGAAAUAGGUCUUUUGCUUAUUUUUCUACUUUUUCUCUUCUCCUCUCAUCCCACCAUCUCACUGAGUUAUUUAUUAAUAUAAUUUGUUGAUUUUUCUCUUGCUUUUUUUUUUAACCUUAUAGUGGUUACUUACCACUUACUACUCCCCAACCCUCCUGCCCACCGUCCCCUUCCACUUUAGGCCUCAUUUUUCUCUUGGAUCCAGCUUCCUCCAGCAGCCCCAGGGGUAGGAGGCUCCUCUCAGUGCUAAGAGACCUUGAGCUUCUUGAGUUAAGUCCUCACCUUUUACAUUAUCCGAUUCUUCAGUUUUGAUGCUGGUAGCUCCCUCUGGCCCUACCUUAGCUCUGUGGCAUUAUAUCUCCUCUCUGGGACCCUUCAAACUGGUACUUCAUACCUCUCGUGCCCUCUCACUUUAGGCAGCUUGCACUAUUUCUGAACGAAUGAAGAAAUCCCUCACUUGGAAGUAGGAGGGGCUGGAGAAAAUCUCCCCAGGCACCGUGGGACCUAGGGUCCUGUUGACAGACCCCUGGUAAUAUGAGUUCCCCAAAGCCUGUAUUCGGGAUCUGUCUUCUCUCCUCAGACAACCCCCAGCACUGCUCUACUCUCUUCAGCCUGCCAGUCUACUCUGGUGGUUUUUCUCUCCUUGGAAUGCCCCACUUUUAUAUUCUCAGGGGCCAAGGCUAGGUCAGCAAUCCUGUCUCUGACACAUUGGGAGCCACAGGUGCCUAACUGGGAACCAGGGAAGGGGGUGGGUCAAAAUCUUUGUCUUUCUCUUCCACCUCUCAACUUUCUUCACUCUAGUGACCUUCCUGGGCUCUCAGGGGCUCCAGGUGUCCCUGUCCUCUGAGAAGCUGGUGGGUUGCUGCCUGAUGACAAGGGGGUAGUAUCCUCAGCCCCCCAGUCAUGCUGCCUUCUUCUCCCCCUGGCAGGAUUCACCCUCUCAUUCCUGGGCUCCUGGCCCUUUUCUUAGGAUCAGUGGCAGGGAGAAAAGGAUGUGUCUUUUCUCUCUUCUAAUUUUCAGUGUAACCAAAAAUUGUCCCAGGAUAAACAAGGGCACGUGCCCCUCACCCCAUUCCACUCCUGUCCCAGCAAGAAUGGGAUGGGUGCAACUGAAUUGGGGGCUUUCCUUUACUGCCCCCUCUACACUCAGCUCCCAGACGCAGGGCAGGAGGGGGGCACUCUCCUGGCUGCUGCAGAGACCCCUGGCUAUUUGGGUCACCUAGAGAAAGGGGCAGGAGGAGAUACAGCUCCAUUGCAAGUGGAGGUCUCUUUCUACAAGAGUUCCCUGCCCAAGGCCACAGCCAUCCCAUUCUCUGCUUCCUUGAGAUUCAAACCAAAGCCUGUUUUUCUAUAUUUAAAGAAAAAAAAAGUAAAAACCAAACACAACACCUCACAAGUUGUAACACUUGGUCCUUCUCUCUCUCUCUCUCUCUCCCUCUCUCCUUCUCUCUUCCCUUCCAUCUUUCUUUCCACAUGUCCUUUCCUUAUUGGCUCUUUUGCCUCCUACUUUUCUCACUCCCUAUCAGGGAUAAUUUAGGGGGAUGGUAAAGGGUUGGCUAAGGAAUAGACCCUGGGAUUGGGGCUCUUAAGGGCUCUAAGAGAGUCUACCUUACCCUCUUCUGGGAAAGGAGACCCUAAAAUCCUUCUCUUCUUCCUCCUUUUCUCCCCCAUUAUGCGGUCUCCCCAGGAGAACCAGAUUGCCAGGGAGGGGCACUGUGGGUUGGUUGUUCCUCCUUGACAAUGUAGCAAUAAACAGAUGCUGCCAAGGGCAGAGGAUGGGGGAGUCCGCUGGGAGGAGAGUGGUCUCCGGGGAAGGGGAGAGUCUCCAGAGCACCCCAGUGAACUGGCUCCUUGUUUCAGAAUGGCAGCAGAGCUGACAUUAAUAUCUGGGGUUCCCCUCAACUGUUCUGGUUAUUGAGCCCCUUCUCGAUUGACGUGCCCCCACCACCUCUUCUGUGUCUGCUGUGUAUUUGGUGGCACCUCAUUAGGACUAUUCCCUUCUGGGGCAUCAGAGCCUUAGGUUGCCCCAUCCCCUCCCCCAGUCAAUUUUGGCACCUGUAACCUCCUGGAACAUGAAGGACUAUGCUCUGAGGCCAUACUCUGAGCCCAUGAGAGCAGAGACUGGAAGGGCAAGCCCAGGUGCUAAGGAGGGGAGAGAAGGGCACUCUGUCUCUCUCCAGACCAUCACUGCACUUUAACCAGGGUCUUAGGUACAAAAUCCUACUUUCCAGAGCCUUCCAGCUCUGGAACCUCAAACAUCCUCAUGCUCUCUCCCAGCCCCUUUUGCAUAAAAAAAAGUAAAAAAAAAAAUACAUUGAAACCCACA